UGCUAACACACUUGGCUGUUAGAUUCAGGCAGCUUCCAUAAGACAAAAGACACUCUUUAUUGACAAUAUGUCUUGCGAAACUAAAAUAUCCGACAUUAUCAAUUUGUUCAAAGAUGUUGGAGAAGUAGUUCAUGUUCGACUUAUUGUAACCAAAAUGGGUGAGCUUAAGGGCCGUGGUUUUGUUGAGUUUGCUUCUGCUGAUGAAGCCAAGAAGGCGCAAGAAAAGAAGAAUGGUGAAUAUUUGUGCGGUAAUCAGGUUACGCUUUGCGUGGCUAAGAUAGCUCCACACCUUCCACCACCCAAGUAUUGCAUAGAUCACAAGGUUUGGUUCGAAGACUAUCUUCAAGGAGAAAACCUUCUGAUAGAAGAAGACGAUGCAGUGGAAGGACUUGAUUAUUUUUAUGAGGAAGUUUCUUUGAGAAAAAAGACACUCUUUAUUUCAAAACUUCCUGCCGUCUGUAAAAUAAUACGACAUAUCAGCAAUUUCUUCUACGAUGUUGGAGAAGUUAGUGUUCGACUUAUUGUAGAUGACCUGGGUAAGCAUGUGGGCUGUGGCUUUGUUACGUUUGCUUCUGCUAUUGAAGCAAAGAAGGCGCUGGGACUGAGGAAGAAAAUAAGAGGAAUGGCCAGUGGUUUCAUUUAUCUUGACAAGGUUGAGAUAGCUCCAUACCCUGUCCGACCCAAGUACAAACUUGCCGAGAAACGUUGGUACGAAGACUUCUUACCACAAGAAAGGCUAUAUAUGGAAGGAACCGUUCGAAAGAGACAGUUUUGCGGUAAGAAGAUUACCUUCACCGAAGACGAUGAUUGAUAGAAGAUGAACCUCUUUGGUGUUUUUUUACUUUAGGUAACUGUCUAUGUACGUUAAAAUAUGCCUAGUUUUAAAUGUUUUGGUGUUAAACCAUUAUCUGCCUUGAUCAAAUUUGUUGCCAAAAUCAUGAUAUCUAUUUCUUUCAAGCUAGUCUAUACGUGAUGGGAUUGAUUCUUCGUAUCUUACACAUUCGAAUUCCUUUUCUCAUGCUCGUUUGUUCUUAUUGAAUGAAAAUGAAACAGAAUUUUUUUU